AUGGUCAAAGUUUUGUGCCUCACUUUCUUCGCCAUUCUGGGGUUGGCCAAUGGUAAGUGCAUCUAAUCUAAUCUAUACAAUCUAUACCAGAACUUUAAAUGGUUAAUUACAACACAGCCGCCUCACUUUCGAUUCCAGGUCGAUAUUGCCGAUAUCCCCUAUCAGGUUUCGCUGCAAGUCGGGGGUUAUCACAUUUGCGGAGGAUCGCUUAUCGCAUCCCGGUGGAUUUUGACUGCCGCUCACUGCACAACCCGAGCCGCGAGUGCCUAUACCGUACGAGUUGGGUCGACCGAUCGUUCCGACGGUGGUGUUGUCAUCCAGGUUGAGUCUGUGACUCCGCAUCCGCAGUAUAACGAAGACACCUAUGACUAUGACUACUCUCUGCUGGAACUGGCCGAAAGUGUUGGAUUCACUCGGCGAAUUCAAAAAGUAGAUCUACCGAAAGCUGGCGACGUUGUUGAGGAUGGUUCGAUGUGUACCGUGUCGGGUUGGGGAGACACCAAGGAUUAUGACGAAAGCUCGCAGCUUCUACGGGCAACCAAUGUGCCAUCCUUCAACCAUGAGAAAUGUACCUCCGCUUAUGCCACCAAGAAUGCUAUAACGGAGCAAAUGAUCUGCGCUGGGUACGAAGCCGGUGGUAAGGACUCUUGCCAGGGAGACUCCGGCGGUCCGCUGGUCUCUGGCGGCACACUCGUAGGAGUGGUUUCCUGGGGUGACGGAUGCGCCAAACCAAACCUUCCUGGAGUGUAUGCUCGUGUUUCGGCCGUUCGCGAAUGGAUUACCGAAGUAUCCGGCGUUUGAACACAAGA